UUAGCGUCGGGGGCGCGUAAAGGCUGUGUGGAAGUUCCUUUGAGAAGUCUCACGCGGCGGGCGUCCCUGAGAGAAAUUAGAAUCUGUAAACAGAAGAAACCCAUUCAUCUGGAACUGGAGGAUUCCUUUGCAUCAGAUACUAAAAUGAAAGAACCACUGUUAGAUAGUGAAUGUGACAAGGUGAUGGCUCCACAGCUGCGGCAGCUAGAUGAAAUUAAGACAGAACCCGACAAUGAUCAAGAAUAUUUUCAAGCCCAGCAGCCCAAAAUUCAGGAGAGCGACCUGAAAAUGAGCACUACAUUUUCAGACAGUGCUUCACAGUUGACUACAGGCAUUCAGCUUUCUCUGGCAUCAUCUGGCAUGAACAAAAUGCUUCCUUCAGUUUCAACUACAGCUAUUCAGAUUUCCUGUUCUGGUUGUAAAAGAAUUCUUCAGAAGGGGCAAACUGCUUAUCAGAGGAAAGGGUCUACUCAGCUUUUUUGCUCCACAGUGUGCAUCACUGAAUACAUUGCAUCUGCCAGUUCACCGGCUCCACCCAAGAGAACUUGCUCAAACUGCUCCAAAGACAUUUUAAAUCAAAAGGAUGUGAUCAGUGUUCAGCUGGAAGAUACUACCUCUAGCAAAAAUUUUUGCAGCCAAUCUUGUCUUUCAUCAUAUGAAGAAAAAAGAAAAUCAUUUGUUACCAUAUGUAGUAAUAAUAAGAUUUUAACCAAAUGCAGCAUGUGUCAGAAGACUACUGUUAUUCAGUAUGAAGUAAAAUACCAGAAUGUGAAACAUAGUCUUUGCAGUAAUACCUGCUUUUUAAAGUUUCACUCCGCUAACAACCUUGUCAUGAACUGUUGUGAGAACUGUGGAAUUUAUUGCUAUACUAGCUGUAGUUCAUUCCACAUACUUCAAAUGGAAGGACAGUCUCAGUACUUUAAUAGGUUAAAGAGUGUUACAGCGUACAAGCAGAAACCAGCCAGAGUACUUCCAUCUGUUAUUUUCAAAUCAGUGAAGCCCUCAGAUGAAAUUAUUGAGACUACAAAUGACUUUGGGAAGACAGAGCUUUUCUGCUCUAUUAAUUGUUUCUCUGCUUACAGUAAAGCGAAGAUGGAAUCUUCUACAGUAAAUGUUCCCAUGGUGCAAGAGGCUUCAACUGAGCUCCCUUCUCCAAAGAAAGAUACAACUCCAGUUAUAAGCAAUAUAGUGUCAUUGGCAGAUCCUCACAGUGACUUGUCCAUUGUGAACUCUGAUGUCUUACAAGGUACAGCUUCUCCAGUAACACGAAAUGUCAUUGCAGAUAUUUCUAAGAGUUCACCCAGUGAAUCAAGUAGUGAUGUUGCUAAUCGUAGUGUGGAAGAGCCAAGCCUUUUGCCGUCUUCAUCAGUAGUCAGUCAGCAUACAAUUGGCUGUGAUAUGGAAGUACAGAAAGAUAAAGUGUCAAGCCAGGAUCCUGCAUACAAUAUGAAAAUAAAUGAUGAUGGACUAUGUCAUCCAAAAUUUACAUCCAAAGUGCAAAAAGUUAAAGGGAAAUCGCAAAGUAUUAAAAAAUCUUGGUGUUCAAAUCCAUAUUUGGAACAUAGUGCUAAAAAAGAUGUGACAUUCUGUUAUUCAUGCCAGUUGUUUUGCCAGAAAAUUUUAAGCUGUGGAGGAGAGUCAUUUACAACCCAAGGAAUUUCUAAUUGGAAAAAAACUCUGGAAAAAUUCAGAAAGCAUGAGAAAAGUGAGAUGCAUUUGAAGUCAUUGAAAUUUUGGAGAGAAUACCAGUUUUGUGAUGAAGCUAUAAAUGAUAAUUUGUCUAUUCAUUCAAAAAAAAUUGAGGAAAAUAAAAACUACCUAAAAUUUAUCAUUGAAAAUAUUUUAUUUCUUGGAAAGCAGUGUUUACCCUUCAGAGGAAACGACCAGUCUGUUUCAUCUAUAAAUAAAGGCAAUUUUUUAGAAUUGUUAGAAAUCAGAGCAAAAGAUAAAGGAGAAGGAAUAUUUCGACAAAUGAACUCACAAGUUGACUUCUAUAAUAGUUCAAAAAUUCAAACUGAAAUUAUUGAAAUAAUAAAGACUGAAAUGUUGCAGGAUAUUGUGAAUGAGAUCAAUGUCUCCUCAGCUUUUUCAGUAAUAUGUGAUGAAACAACUGAUAGUGCCACUAAAGAACAGCUUUCAGUUUGUGUAAGAUACCCACAAAAAACAUCAAAGGCUAUCUUAAUAAAAGAAAGAUUUUUGGGUUUUAUUGAUACUGAAGGGAUAACUGGGACCAACUUACAUGGGAUUAUCAAAACUUAUCUAGAGCAAAUUGGAGUUGAUUUGAAAAAAAUACGUGGCCAGGCCUAUGAUAGUACCGUUAAUUUGAGGGGAAAAUUUAAUAAAAUUGCAGCAGAAUUCAAGAAGGAAGAGCCAAGAGCUUUAUACAUACAUUGUUAUGCACAUUUUUUGGAUUUAGCAGUCAUUAGGUUUUGUAAAGAAGUAAAAGAACUCCGAAGUACUCUAAGUAUUCUCAGUACUUUGUUCAAUACUGUUCAUACGUCUGAGGAAAUGUUGGCAGAUUUUCAAAACAUUUGUAAACUAAGCCAGAACAAAACAUGCAAGAAACAUUCAUCACAGUCAUGUUGGACAGUCCAUGAUCGUGCAUUACUAUCUGUGAUUGAGGGUCUUCCAGAGAUUAUUGAAACAUUGGAAGUUAUAUCAAGCCAUUCUUCAAACAUAAACUUGACUGAUGAAUUGAGUAACUUGUUGACACUGGUUUCCAAAUUUGAGUUUAUCUUUUGUAUAAAAUUUCUUUAUCGAGUGCUGAGUGUUACAGGAAUUCUUUCUGAAGAGCUACAGAGUGAAACCAUGGACAUUUUUUCUUUGACUUCAAAAAUAGAAACAAUUUUUGAAUGUUUAUCAUCUGAGAGAAAUGAUGUCUGUUUCAAAACUGUCUGGGAUGGAGCAGAGGAAAUAUGUAAAAAAAUAACUUGUAAAGGUUUUGAAGUUGAAAAACCAUCUCUUCAGAAAAGAAGAAAAAUUCAGAAAAUAAUAGAUCAUAGCAAUUCAGAUAGUAUGUUUUUUCCUACUUCAACUGAAGAACAAUAUAAAAUUAAUAUUUAUUACCAAGGAUUGGAUACUAUAUUGCAGAAUUUAAAAUUAUAUUUUUCAGAGUUUGAUUAUUGCAAAAUAAAGCAAAUUUCAGAACUAUUAUUUAAAUGGAAUGAACCAUUAAAUGAAGCAACAGCCAGACAUGUUCAAGAAUUUUAUAAACUUGAUGCAGAUAUUAUCCCAGAACUUAGGUUUUAUCGGCACUAUGCAAAGCUCAACUUUGUCAUGGAUUAUGAUUCUGUCAACUUCAUAAAUCUUGGCUAUUUGUUUAUUCAGCAUGGUCUUCACAGUAAUAUUCCUGGCAUCUCACAGCUAUUACAUAUUGCUUUGUCUUGGCCAGUUAGUUCAGCAAGUGCUAACAGCUCAUUUUCUGUACUGCCUCGCCUUAAAACAUAUUUAUGUCAUACUAUGGGACAAGAGAGGUGUAGUGACAUGGCCUUAAUGGCAAUUGAGCAGGAACUGGUAAACAAACUGAUGGAGCCUGAAAGACUCAGUGGAAUUGUGGAAAAGUUUAUCAAUCAGAUGAAAGAAAUAUGAUGCUUGCUAAUUUGAAUAUACCUAAAAGAAUCUUAUAUUUCUAUUGGAAUAUUAUAGUUUUUAUUUCAAAAUUUUUAGAAAAAAACUUUUUCAGCAAAACAUGUAACAUAUCACAUGGUUCAGAAUUCAAGAUAUAAAAUGAUACACCGUGAAAAGUCUUCUUCCCACUUUUAGCACCCAGUUCUGCCUUCCUGGAGUGUUACCAGUUUCUUGGAUAUUCUUCCAGAGAUAUUUUAUAUAUAGUACUCUACAGUGCACACUGUUCUUCACCUUGUUCUUAACAUGAUAUUUUUGAGAUCAUCCCAUAUCAGUACAUAAAGUUUCUUGAUUAUUUUUUGUUUACAACUGUAUAAGAUUUUAUUCUGUGAAUGUACCGUAGUAUAUUUGAGGAGUUCCUACUGACAGACAUUCUUAAUUCUUUCCAGUCUUUUGCUGUUAUAAAUAAUGCUGCACAUGAGUGAAUUUCUAGAUUCUAAAAUUGGAAUUACUGUAUCAAAAGAUUUGUACAUUUUUAUUUUUGAUAGAUAUCAGCAAAUUGCUUUCUAUAGGGGUUAUGUCAAUUUUCACUCCCAAGAAUCUUCACAGUGUUAUCAAACUUAUUGAUCUUUGCUAAUCUUUUAGUUGAAAGAUGGUAUUUUAAUCUCAGUGCAGUUUCAAUUUGUGUUUCUUUUAAGAAUAAGGUUGAAUAUCUUUAUUUGAGCCAUUGGUAUUACUUUUUCUGUGAACUGUACAUUUAAACAUUAAAACUCAAGAAUUGUUAUGUUUUUGGUUUAUGAAAUUUUGACUGUAUUUUUCAAAUAAAUAAUCUCAACAGAUUUUUUACUGUCUGUAUACUUUAAGAAAAGUUUAAAUAUCAAAGAAAUUAUUUUUUUGAUGGAGACACUGCCAUUUAUUAGGUUAUAAGUUUCUCUGUUUUGCCUUUAUAGAUGCACAAAAGGUUAAUGAAAGUAAAACGGAAGGAAAUAAGUCAGAAGAGCCUUACUAGCUGCAGAGUUGGUGAACAGGACCCCCAGAAAGGCAGUCAGCCAGUUCAUGCCUACUAGAAAAAGACUAGAGACCUUUUACCAGUGACAACAUUCUACUAACCUCUUCCCCCAUUGUGCUGACAGUUGGCUUGCGUGGUGAUUACUAUAAAAUAACUCCCAUUGGUAUCCAAGCUUUAGAGAAAGCACCUUCAUUUUGCUCAAAAAGGGAAGUCAGUAGAUACAGAGAAGCCAAACUGAAUAACCUCAACAAAAUAAAAUUAACAUCAGCAGCAAAUCCUCUUUCUGACGACUUCAGAUAAACUACAUAUGUAUCAAAGUUCUGUGGCUUUAAAGGGACACAUACCCACUGAAACGGUUAAUUUUAAUGUGUUAACUAUGGUGCCCAAUUAUUUGGUAAAACUCUAGUCUAGUUGCUGUUAAUGAAGUAAUCACAUGCAAUUAAAUCAGUUGGCCUUAGGUAAAGCAGAUUACCUUUUGUAAUAUGAAUGGAAUGGACUUCAUCCAAUUAAUUGAAGGCUGUGAGGGCAAAAAGGGAGUUUCCCGGGGGUGUAUUCCUCUACCAGCCUAUAAAUAGAUAUAUUGGCAGAGCUCCCUAACUCUUCACUUUUCCCAUCACCUGUCCUAUGGAUCUUGGUACAUAAGCCUGCAGAAAUCACCAGCUUGGCAUCUGACCUACAUGUGGACUUGCCAGCUCUCCACAAUCACAUGAAUUCAUAUAUCUGGGACUUCUAAAUAGUAUGAUGGAGAGAGGGAGUGUAUGAGUGUCUAGAUUAAAUUGGCUAUGAUUUGAUAGUUGUUAAAUUUACAUAAUGGGUACCCACGGGUUUGUUGUAUUCUUCAACUUUAGCAUCUAUUUAAAGUUUUCUAUAAUAAAAACUUUUUUUAAAAUGAUCGAUUAUUACCUUUUGAUGUUCAUACCAGGAAUGUAAGGGAGUUUCAGUAUUAGGAAAUUUAUAAAAACUUUGGUAGACAAAUCAAUACCAUUUACAAUAGCCCCCAAGAAGAUAAAAUGGGAAUAAAUCUAAUCAGAGACAUAAAAGAUCUAUACGGUGAAAACUAC